AUGCGCACUGCAAGUACGACAAGACGACAAAGCGUCCGUUCAACUGCACGAUCCCGUGCCACAUCUACCUACGGUGAUUCAGUGUAUGAGAAUAAUACUGCUGAAAAUAGUAUUUUACAAGCAGAUGCUGAUGUCCCUGAAACUGUCGCUCCUACAAAAACAAAAAACAAAAUCUCUGCUAUUCGCUCUCGUCAAAAUGAACGGGAGAAACAAAAAGCUCUUCUUGCUGAGAUGAGUCCAAAUAUAGCAGGGCGCCGUGCUGCAGUAUGGGUAGGAGAAUGGGAUCGUGGAUCACGUACUGUUCGUCUACGUAUUCUUGAGGCCUUAACAACACUUCAUUCUUCAAGUAAUACUAAUAGAUUAGAAAAAGAUUUGGGUGAUUCAUCUAUGCUACUCUUUACACGCAUUACUGCAUGGUUUCGAUUAACGUGUAAGUUAGGAUUUACUCUUCAACCUUUGCUUAGUGCCAUAUCACUUUUUAUACGAGGUGUGCGUUAUUUAACGUCUCUCAUGGAAAUUGGUGGUGCGCAGACUCUCAUUGACACUUUAGGUACAUGUAAUCUAGCACGUGAGGAUCGCCGUGAAAUUGCAUUACUACUUCUUUAUAUAGCAAAUGCAGGACGUGUAUAUCGUGAAAUGCUAUGUGAUGAUGAAGAUAUACAUUUACUUAUUCAAGCAUUACAACGCGAAGAUGAUGCGGAGAUAUUAGAACUCCUUGCAGCUCUUUUUCUUGUACUAGGUGAGGGAAAUAAACAGUCUGUGACAUUUCGUCUACACACUGAAUUGUUAGGAUUGAUACUAUCAAAGACGAGUACAGUGGAAUCUAAACUUCAAGCUGCACGUAUUUUGCGUACUUUUCAGUCAUCACGGGAUAAAGAGUAUAGCCAAGCAAUUGGGAGAGAUGCAUUAGAGGAUAAAGGUAUGGUUCCAAUUCUAGGAAUAGUUCCUGGUAGUUCCUCUGAUGGGGUUCAACAAUUACUACUAGAGGCUUUAUAUUCUCUACUACUUCACGAUGACUUGCGUCUUCGGGUGGAGGGAACAGAGUUGUUAACAAUGGUGGCGAAGAAUAUUCAAUUUACAGCUGCUAUUCUUACACGAUGCCUUGAUGUAGUAGAUGAGGAUCGCUUGGCUAUUGAGGCGGAAGACGAUCAUCGUGCUGCGAUGAUUAUUCGACGUCAUCAGAUUUCUUUCGGUAGUACUGCAGUGAACAUUAUACUCCUUGACUCACGUUGCGAGGCUUUACAACGACUUGUAUUGGAUAUUAUUGGUCGACGUAGUGCCCAUUUUACGCUUUUAAAAUAUCUUCGUUUACUGGAGAACAUGAAUCCCACAUUAGUUCUUGAUUGUUGUCGAGUACUUCAAAUGCUAUGCCGCGGGGCGUUGUUGCAGGAGCGACAUGCUACUGAGAGCGGUGACAGUCUUUCGUUUUCUUCUUCUUCUUCUUUAGCAGCUGAUGCUACUACCACUACUGCUGCUACUACAGCUCCUGUAUCGCUGGAGAAAGUUGCUAAACACAUUCGUGAGGCUGUAGGCAGUACAUUAUACAGUGUGCUUUUGUAUGAGGAGUUAACAGAGGAUGAAGCUGCGUCUAUUGCACGUUCUGUUACUUCGUCUGCAUCACGUAUGUAA